AUGUGGACUGUAAAGCUCCAUGUUGACGGAAGGAGAAUUGGUUCUGUAAAGUUGAGCCGAGGGAUUUUACAAGGAGACUCAUUAUCCCCGCAACUGUUUGUUAUGGUGAUGGACCCACUAAGCAGGAUUCUUAAUGCCAUGUUUCCAAAGGUUCAGAUUAAUCAACAGGACCCAAAUAUGUUGACCUAUUCUACUAAUCAUUUGUUCUUCAUUGUCGACCUAAAGAUAUUCGCUCUUAAAGAAGAUGUAGUAAUUAAAAUGAUGGAAGCUGUUGAUGGAUUCUUUAAAACUGUUGGCUUGGAGAUGAAUUCAGAAAAGUCAGCAUCAAAUGUCAAAUCUUUAUCUUGUUGUGAGACUUUGGAAGGAGUCAAAGGAUAUCGCUACUUGGGUGUACUGGAAGAUGCAGGAAGUAAUGUUCUUAAGAUACGACAACUUCUUACGACUCUUAGACUCCAUCUCAAACCUGCAAAUAAAGAGAGGUUAUAUUUAAAUCGGAAAUCUUUUGGGAGAGGACUUGCUUCAGUUUCUUUCAGAAGUAAACUGAUACUCUUCCAGUUCAUGAAAAGUUUAGAAAGACAGUCGACAGUAUGCUUACAAAGAUCGGGAAUCCUGCGUGUGAUACAAACAAAUAAAUGGCAUAUGGCCACAAUUGCAGGAUUUCUCGCCUCCAAGUAUGCAAUUCUCGACAUGGAGAAUUUGGGUGUUGAGUUUAUCAAAGAUGCUCAAAGAAAAUAUUUGCUUAAGAACAUCAAUUGUAAAAUGCUACAUUCGGUUCUAUUCAAAUGCAUGGACGAACAAAAUGUUGAUCUAGCCACAUCCUUAGAGUGGUUAUCUAAAGGAAAUAAUGGUCCACGGAGUGAAGCAUUGUACUGUCUCUUGCAGGAUAGGAAUUUGUUCUUCACAUCCAUGGGAUCUUUAUGCAGUCACUGCAAAAAAUGCAAGAAAACAAUUGAUCAUUUGGCUACGCAGUGUGGGAAAAUUUUAAACAGUGAUUAUCUGCGGAGACACAAUGAAGUUGUAAAGUGCAUUCACCUUCAUUUGUGUCGAACCUACGGUAUUAAGAGAGAAAGCAAAUUAAAGACUCAUUCUGUUCAGUCCAUAAUAUCGACGCAGAAUGUUGAAAUCAGAGUCGAUAUGUCAAUCAUGACGGAAUCUAAAGUUCAAUCCAACAAACCAGAUAUCUUCGUGUAUGACAAAACCAAACAAGAGAUAACCUUAAUCGAAGUUGGCAUCACGUCACAAGAUCGCCUCAAACAAGUCUAA